AUGCUGGCUUACGCUGUAGCGUCAACACCUGGAGUUUGCUUAUUCCGUUGCUCGCCUGCAACACUUACGUCAAAGUGGCGUGGAGAGUCAGAGAAGCUGGUCCGCACGCUAUUCACAGUGGCACGGGCACGUGCUCCAAGCGUUUUGUUCUUCGACGAGGCCGACGCACUCUGCAGCAAGCGAGGAAGUCAUGAUGAGCACGAGGCUUCGAAAAGAUUUAAGGCUGAGCUCUUACAGCAGAUAGAUGGCCUUCACCAAGAGAAAGCAAAUUCUGCUCGCCCGGACAACGCAGAAGCACCAUCUUCGCUUGGCAGCUCUAAUAUGCGCAGAUCGCCCCACGUUGUCGUCAUAGCGGCUACGAACGCUCCAUGCCUGUGCCGGGAAGCUGCGAUGCAACCCGUUCGUCGUCUGCUAAAAGGCCUAUCUCCUGGUGUUACUCAAGAAACAAUCGAAUGCACCAUUGCCAAGCAAUCAAUAGGAGCGGAAGAAUUCGAGUCAGCUCUUCAAAAUACACGACCGUCAGUAAGCGUAGAUGCGGCUCUUCGAUUUUUCGAAUGGGACGAAGCUUUCGGUUCUAGGUGA